AACCCUAAUUCGUUUCUAAUCCAUUUCUCGUUUUCUACUUAUCUAUCUCUCUAUAUAAUUUUACAUUUAUAUUAUUAUUAUAUAACAAAACAGACACAUAAAUUCACAUAGUAUAUAUAUAUAUAUAUAUAUAUAUAUAUAUGGCUGACCCAAAUAAUCAAAUCACUGAACCUAAAGCUAUAAGCCAAGCUUCUUCUUCAUCGUCAGUUACUAUUUUGCCAGUUCGCACGUGUGGUGACAGUGUCUCUGACUCUGCCACGUGUGAAAACCCUUGUCCACUUGAUAGUAUAACUUCUGCUGCUACUUCAACUACUACUACUGUUUCUUUUGCGGCUCCUUCUUCUACUACAAGUGGUCAUGGUAUCAACACUUUGAUGUCCACUGACGCCGACAUCUCUCGCCGGAAAAAGCAUCCUCUUUACCGGGGUAUCCGUUGCCGGAGCGGUAAAUGGGUCUCCGAGAUCCGAGAGCCUAAGAAGACGACACGUGUCUGGCUCGGGACUUAUCCGACGCCGGAGAUGGCUGCCGCAGCCUAUGACGUGGCGGCGUUAGCUCUUAAAGGCCGAGACACCGUCUUGAACUUCCCGGAUUCCGUGGGAUCUUACCCCAUUCCCCUUUCUUCUUCCGCAGCUCAUAUCAGAUGCGCUGCGGCCGCGGCUGCUGCUGCUAGGGGUGCCGGUACGGGUGCAGCGGCCGUGAAGGGAGGUGAAAAGAAGGAAGAGGAAGCUUGUGAUGGGGCGGGAUCUUCAAAUACGCAGCACUUUGUGGACGAAGAAGAGCUAUUGAACAUGCCUGGUUUGCUAGCGGAUAUGGCCAAGGGUAUGAUGGUGGCUCCACCGUGGAUGGGAUCUCCUCCGUCAGAUGAUUCGCCAGAGAAUUCUGAUGGAGAGAGCUUGUGGAGCUACUAUUGAUCGAUUGACAUAUCAGUUUAAUUUCUUGUUGGAUAUAUGAUCCUUCUGUUCACAUUUACGCGAGUCAUCUUUUGUAUCUUUCUCCUGAUGAUUGUUUGAGAUGAUUUGCUAAAUAAUCGUAUGUUUUCCCACUUUUUAUGAUUCAAGAAGAUAGAUCUUUU